AUCUCGACCCGGCAGCUGUAUGGUGCAGACUUUGAAUUCUUCAGGCGAACUGAUCGGGGAGUUCAUAUGCCCUUGGGUCAAAAUACUCACCUCCCAGAACAUUAUGAUACUGCCAGUCAUCUCAGCAAUAGAACCACCCCCUCUUCAGAAGGAGAGAGCCGAACCGCUGGAGGCACAAGAAAGCGGGUUCCGGUUGCGUGUGAGCGAUGUCGAAAACGAAAGAUCAAAUGCAGUGGCAAUGAGGGAGAAAAUUCGAGUUGUAUCAACUGCAAAAAUGCAGGCUACGCUGACAAUUGUCGCUUCCUACGGGUCUCUUCGAUGGAGACAGCACCCUUGGCUCUUCGUGCAUGGCAGCAGCCAAAUCACCGAUAUUCACCCUACCCACACCUUCAUCAUCGGAUGACCUACAUUCCAAUGACUCCAAGAUACAACCCACCAACACCAAUGCAAUAUCCAACAGUACCAAGCAGUGUUGAAUAUGGCUCAUAUGCCGGUUCAGCUCAGAAUAUUGACUGGACAAGAGCCUCAUAUGUUGCUCAGUAUCCGACCUACGGAGAAGAAGAGGAAACUAGCCCCUAUUUAAGCCAGCCACCUCCAUACAUUCUUCCCCAUACUGACCCGAUGGCUUCACGCAACGGCUACUAUGUGAAUCCAAAUGGAGUGCGACCACAGCCAGGUGCAAUGUGGUCGGAUCAGCAACAGACUCCGAUUCAACAAAACACAAAUCUGCCCACAACUACCUAUGCACAAUCUACUGAAGCUCCGCUACCUUUCCAAUCCACUGGUGUGGCAUCAAACCUCCCAUCCGACAGAACCUUACCAGAUCCAAUCAGAGCGCCCAAUUACCUGGCAGCAGCACAGCCUACCAUGGACAAUUUGACCAUUCCGAAUCAGAGUCAGCGAAACUCUAAUGGCUGGAGCAUCAGCGCUUCAACAUCAACUACAAACAUGACUUCUCAAGUCGAGAUAGGAGCUGGCCGAGCCCAGGCCAGCGAACAGAGAAACACUCCAUACCGGCUGCAAGAGCUUGCUUAUGGCCACUUAGCACUGAACGAAGCACUCUCCAGUACACCCCUUUCAGAAGGGCUUCCCACCGGCAUCGUCGAACCCCAACCUUCGGCCCCAGGAUCAACGACCGAAGACCACCACUCCCAGCGACCUAGUCAGAGAAUUCUUUCACAAGAUAACUUGAGAUCAGCUUCAGAAGCUCCCUCGGUGUCAUACGGUUACACAAGUGCGAUAACUGGGUGUACCUCGCAACUUAGGGGUACCUCAGGUCAAGUUUCCGCCGGGCUGUUAUAUUGCAGCACACAGCCCACGGUGUCACAACGAGAAUCAGGCUCGGAAGACUGCAGUCCCGAUUGUGCCAGUUGCCCUACAGACUCGACCAGAUCUUCCAUCACAUCAAUGAGUAAUGCUUCUUCCGGAUAUUAA